AGAUGAUGGAUCCCAAGGUGCGCGACCUGUACAAGCGCUUCCUGCUCGUGGGGCGCGACUACCCGCUGGGGCUGAGCCACGUGCGCGAGAAGGCCAAGGCCGCCUUCUUCCAGAACCGCGACCUCACGGACCCCGUGGCCAUCAAGAAGGCCAUCAAGCGCGGCCGCUGGAUGGUGCGCGAGAUGGUGGGCGUCAUCCAGCUCAAGAAGUACCGGACGCUCAACAGCCGCUACACGCCCGAGGACCUGCGCGAGAAGCUGCGCGACAUCGAGAACCGCCGGGUUCUAGACGAGAUCGAGCAGGAGCAGCAGCGGCAGCAGGACGGGGGCGGCUCACAACAGCCAUGAACCAUUAUCAGACGCUUGAAGUGACGUCCAUGCAGCCGUUGAUGGCCGGGGGACAGGCAACCACCGUGGGUUGAACAAUGACAAUGACGACUGAGGUUCUAUUGCGUAAAGU